UCUCGUUGAACCAUGUUCGAGUGCAAGCUUGAGCAAGCUGUUCUCUUCAAGAAGGUCGUCGCUGCUGUCCUCGACAUCGUUAAAGAGGGCAACUUCGACUUGAGCGAUGAAGGUAUCCGGGUUCAGACUAUGGACACCACCCAUGUCGCCCUGGUCCAGAUGGAACUGAAGGAGAGCGCCUUCGACGAGUUCAGAUGCGACAGAGAGAGUUGUGUUGGCAUCAACUUCGAGGCCCUCACCAAGCUGCUCAAGCUGUGCCGUGACGACGACUCAUUGUCUUUGAAGAAAGAGGAGGAUUGCGACACGGUCACUAUCACUUCCGCUGGGGAGGGUCGAGCCGUGGAGUGUGAUAUGAACUUGAUGGAUAUUGAAAACGAACAGCUUGGCGUGCCUGACUGCGAAUACUCCUGCGAGAUCAAAAUGAAAUGCUCUCAGUUCGCGAAGAUCUGCCGCGACUUGAAGGACUGUGGCGGUGAAAAUUUGAGGAUCGACUGUGAUAAGAACUCGGUGAAAUUCUCGAUGAAAUGCGACGGUCAUGUGAAGUCAUCUUCCAUCAAGUUGGAGCACGAUGUCGAGAUCACUCACUGCAAAGAGGCGGUGGACAAUUUGUGCUUCUCUCUUCGUUACCUCCUCUUGUUCACUAAUAAAGCUUGUGCACUCAGUGAUGAUGUUACACUCCGCCUCUCAGCGGAAGCUCCCCUCAUGAUUGAUUACUGUGUGGCGGACUCUCCCGAGAAAGGCUUCGUCCGUUACUUCCUGGCUCCUAAGCUGGACGAUGAGUAGCGCGGGCCGAUGAUAUGUGCACGAUAGUAUUUGAUUGCUUGCGAGAUGUUUCGCUUGCUAAAUUAA